CCAGUGAUUCAGCCAGCCUUCAGUCAAGUAAACACGCACUGGUCUUUUUUUGCACAGCAGUGGUAAAGUACAACUAGUAUUCCAGUGCAGAAAUUUUUAAAAGACAUCGGCUGUACUGUAGAUUCCAGUGCUGCAGAUUUAUUCUACUUAAGGAUCAUGAUGGCUACUUCAAGGAGGUGGAGAUGUCCAUGCAGCAAACUGGACUGAUGAGGAGAUGACCCAGAUGUUGACUGUGUUUGCUGGAUUAGAGCAGAGGAUGAGAGCCAGACCCAGGAACUUCACUAUAAUCGAUAUGUGGACCCAGAUUGUGAGGGAGCAUCAAAUGAAGAUGAAGAUCUAAAGCACUGGUGUGGAGGUUUGUCACUGAUAUGAUGACCUGCAUCAAGGGAUGCAGAGGAGUUUCAAAGGAGGGUCACCGAAGUGCAGAGGCAGUCCAUAGAUCUCUACAAACAGUUACAUCACUGAACCAGCAUUUUCCAUAUUUUGACUUGGCAAAGAACAUAAAACAUUAUUUUUGCUGCCAUGGUAUGCAGAAAUCAGGACAUGUCUAUGCUGUAACCUACCACAUAAAAAGGACUUCUAUGAAGUAUAUAUUUUUAAACCAAAAAGCAUAUUAAAGAGGAAGAUUCAGUUUCAGAGAGAUGAUUAUGAUAAUUUUCAUUGUCCUCAUCAUAACCUUUGUGCUAGGUCUUUGUUUUAACAGAAAUGAAUAUAAGCAUAAAGAAAAAGGUCAAAGUCUGCAUAGUCCUUUUGGUAUACAGCAUAUUAAUUUCUGUGGUAUGCAAGAAACAUCCCAAAGCCAAUGUAACCCACAUCAAGAACCAAUUAAUUUCUAUGGUGCACAAGAUGAAGGCCAAAGCAUAAAUAGUUCACUUGGACAACACAGUAAUUUAUACAGUGCACAAAUGAAAACGCAUUCAGCUUACCAUAAUUUAGCUGACAGGAUCACUUUUUCUAAUGAUGAAAUGGAAAAAUACACCACAAUAGCAGAAAACACUGUGAUGGAAUUGAUAGCACAGAUGAAAAAAGAGCUUCUAAGAGGUGACCCUGAAAUUUGCAGUGAUUUUAUCAGGACUGGAAGCUCAUUUGAAGGACUAAAAGUUAAACCUGAGGUUGAGUUUGACUUUAUGAUUACACUAUUACCUCCUCCUACAUUCAACUUUUAUCUGGUAUCUGUUAUAAAUGAGAUUCCUAAAAUGUUUAGUAAGAUUGGUGUAUCAGAAAAUGGAUUCAAAAUGAUGCUGCUACAGUCUUCUAAGUCAGUCUUCCAAAAACCAAUGGAAUUUAAAGAAAAAUUCUGCAAGGGUGACUAUUUUCAGUCAUUGGCUGUUAAUAGAUGGUUUCAGUCCCUUGCUGACAGAGCAAUAAAAACCCUCCCUAAAAUCAGUCCUGAUGUCAGAUUUUCACAACAAGGACCUGCUCGCACUAUGAAAAUAAGGAAGAGUGGGUUUCCAGAAAUUUCUGUUGACUUGGUUCCAGCGGUGUAUAUUAAUGGCAUGUAUCUGGUUGCAAAGACAUACGGAGGCAUUAUGGAAGAAAAUUACUCUUUAAAAGAUACAUUGUGGAGGAUGUCAUUUUCUAUUCAAGAAAAAACAUUUUUGGAAGAAAUCAGUAGCAGUUUGCCUACAAACUCCUGCCAUCAGAAAACUCUGCAGAUUCUCAAAUACCUGAAACAAAGUACACCAUCAUUGCACUGGUCAGCUGGCUUAAGCUCUUAUCAUUUGAAAACAGUAUGGCUUCAUAUGUUGCAGAACAAAUCCUCAUAUGACUGGAAAUAUGAAAAACUAGACCAGAGAGUCCUGGAAUUAAUUGAUAAUUUACUUACAAAUUUAGGAAAAAGAGCUCUUCACUAUUUCUUCAUAGGGAACCCAGAAUUACUAUGCAGAGAUAUAGAUCUGCCUAAAGACUUUCUCCAAUACCACAUUAAAUGUAAUUUGUUUAAUGACAUUAACCAAACUACUAUUGAACAGGCUUAUUUGCAGCUUGUUCAGCUAAAAAAUCAGAUUGACAGCACCAUAGAAGAACUGUGUGCAACACUUUAAAGCAUCAUCGUGACAUGAGGAAUCAAAAAUGUAGCAGCUGUAAAUCUAUAAAGGAAAUUGAUUGUAAAUAGUUUUCAAGAAGCUGUGAGAGAAUUAAAUGCUUAGCCAUCAUUCUUUAAUUAUGUACUAGUAAAGAGGAAAAAGUGACAGCAACUAUGGGCAUGCCACAGUGUAUAUUUUAGGGGGAAUAAUGUAUUUCUUUUGUCUCAUCAGUUGGCUAAAAUUUAUUGUACUAAAAUUGUUGCUGUAUUUACCACACAUUUAUUAAGUAGUAGAUUUUAUUAAAAAUAGAUUUUUCCCAGAGUAUCAGGUGUGUGUGAUUGCUUAAGCUUAUAGGAGGCUAUCUAUAUCCUGAAAGUGGAUCUACAAGUACUAAAAUCCUGCCUACACCUCUGACAGCAGAUUCCAACAUUGCAGUUGUUUUCCAAUUCUUUAAGAUACUUCAGUUUGAAAACAUGAUGAAUCAGCAGCAAGUCAUAUCAAUCUUGUGAAUAAAUAACACAGAAAUAUUUUGUGAUAAGAGGUUUUAAAAC